AUAUUUGACUAGACCAUUCGAGAUGAGACUGUCGUGCAUAUUGCUGUAAGAAACAACAAUUUUAGAGCUUUUAUGGUUUUGUUUGGUUGGGCUAGGAGGACCUAUAGAACAACGGUGUUCCACUGGAGGGACGAGGAAGGCAAUAACGUGAUGCAUCUUGCAGCAUUAACAAACCAACCGAUGGUUAUGAAGUCAUUAAUCAAGAUUGUGCAUGUGAAUAAGAAGAACUUAGAAGGUAAGACGGCAUUGGAUAUCCUAAAUCCUGAAAUUGUAGAAGCAAGGAAAAUUUUAAUAAGCGCAGGAGCUAAAGAAGGUUCAUCACUUGUCGAUGAUGCCACCAGUUGUGAGAAUUAUUUGAAGUCAACUGUGACGACGAAAGAAGUUUUAUUCCAAUUUGGUGCUUACCUGGACUACGGCUUGUCAGGAAAUAUGCAAAACGCUAUCCUAGUAGUAGCUGUGCUUAUUGCAACUGCUGCGUUUCAAGCCACUCUCUCUCCCCCUUACUGGAUUUCUGGCAGUGAUACCACUUCUGAUACCACUCCUGAUCUUCCCAACAUCAAAUCUGAUUAUAAUGAUCUUACUUCAACUUACUUCAUCUUCAACAUACUCCAGUCGAUAGCACAAACAAGUAUAAUUUUCAACGCGAUCGCCUUUGGUCUUGCAAUGGGAACCUGUGCAAUACUUACACUUGCUCCACUCCACCUGUUUCUCUGGCCAUCUCAUGUUCUAUUUUCCAUAAGCUUUGCAUUACUGGCAUGGGGAAUAUACCCAGGUAUAAGUAGUCAAUUUAUCCCAGGUGCAGUUGUAGCUGCAGUUGCGGCAUUAUUCGUACUGCCUAUCCUGAUAAUACUUCCCUGGAAGAUCAUAGUAAUUAAAAGGUACAUAAAAGGUGAUAUCGGCUACGAAUACAACCUUGAUGAGACGAAAUAUCUCAUUUAUGGUAGCACAUUUACGAAUCAAGGACUCAUACUGAAUCGGAUGGCUAAAAGGAAAGCAUCACAAUGAAGGUACUGCAUCAAAUGUUCUGUCAUGCCUCACAAUCAAUAUUGCAAAAAGCACAUUACUUGAUUGGAAGGCCAAGUAAAAUUAUUUUCAGUUUAAGAUUAAAGACGGUAGCAUGCAUGUAACGUCAUCUUAAUAUGAAUUAUGCUUUUUCUGUAA